AUCUGGGACAGUGUCUCUGCUGUGGAAGUUCAGCACAGCAAGGGAGGACUGUGGUCCCAGCAGGUGUGCAAGCCCCCAUGGUCUUCACACACAGAGUGGAGGAGUCUGCAAGCCCCAAUGGUCCUCACACACAGGGUGGAGGAGUCUGGUGCUGCUGUGUCUUGGGGUUGAGACAGGUGUGCUGCUCUGGUUGGUACCUCCCCUUAGCCUUACUCACUGGGAUUCCUCCCUAGCUUCUUUUAGGGAUUAGAAAGGCACUAGACAUUCCUAUGCUGCUGCUGGAGUCCAGGAGAGAGGCUCCACCCACCCUCUAGCCCCUUAGCUAGCCCUCUGAAUCCUUAACCCCUCAAUAGGCUCUAAUAAGAAGAUUCUGCUAAAUGGGAUGGGAUGGCCUAAGGCUAGGAUGCCUGCAUGACUGAAUUUAGGUCUCCCUGGAGGAAAAGUUAGGCCCUAAGAAACAGUAGUCAGACGACAAGGUCAGGUAUUGGCUCCCACCUCCUGUCUGGUUAAACCAAACGGUGGGAAGGAAGAGAUGGAGGCGUGCACACCAUCAGUCUGGCCUGCCCCCUUCCCUUCCCCACUCAGUUUUCUGCCGUUCUCUAGGAAGAGUGUGUGCAUGUGUGGGCAGCUACAUUUAAUUUUGCUCACUUUGAGAGGCUCCCAUCUCUUUUUAACAAAUUAAAUAUUUGUUCGGGCUAAGGUGGAGGGGGAAGGGACAGUGCCCUCCAUGUCAAGGCCUGGAAUGUGCAAUGGGUGUGUGGAGCUGAAAAUCCUUUACCGUCUAAGCUGACCUCUGAUUUCAUCCACAAGAGCGGUGACCAGGAGUGGGGACAAGAGGGUAAAGUCCUCGAGCUGGAAUACUGACUGACCCGUGACAGGCCGAGAGGGAUUUCGCAAGUGCUUCUGUGGAGGGUGGAGGCGGAGCUUUUGAGAGAGCCCAGCCCCCAGAGGACGGCCCAGCUCAGCUGUGGGCUGAGGUGUCAGCCUCCUUCAGCAACUCAGCUGAAAUUCAGUGCCUGGUGUCUCUGCUCACCCUGGCCCUCCAGCUCCUGCUCUCUCCUCUCCACCUGGGAGGAGACCACCUUCCUUCUGUCACAGCUUCCACUCUAUAGGAUGCUCCAGACUUUGUAUGACCACUUCUGGUGGGACCGUCUAUGGCUGCCUGUGAACUUAACCUGGGCUGAUCUAGAAGACAGAGAUGGACGUGUGUAUGCCAAAGCCUCAGACCUCUACAUCACACUUCCCCUGGCCUUGGUCUUUCUCAUCGUUCGAUACUUCUUUGAGCUUUAUGUGGCGACACCCCUGGCUGCCUUCCUCAAUGUUAAGGAGAAAACCCGACUGCGAGCACCUCCCAAUGCCACCUUAGAACAUUUCUACCAGACCAACGGCAAGCAGCCCAAGAAGGUGGAGGUUGAGCUUCUUUCACGGCAGAGUGGGCUCUCUGGCCGCCAGAUAGAACGCUGGUUCCGCCGCCGCCGCAACCAGGACAGGCCCAGCCUUCUCAAGAAGUUCCGAGAAUCCAGUUGGAGAUUCACAUUUUACCUAAUUGCCUUUGUUGCUGGCAUGGCUGUCAUUGUGGAUAAACCCUGGUUCUAUGACUUGAGGAAAGUUUGGGAGGGAUAUCCCAUACAGAGUAUCGUCCCUUCUCAGUACUGGUACUACAUAAUUGAACUCUCCUUCUACUGGUCCCUACUCUUCAGCAUUGCCUCCGACGUCAAGCGAAAGGAUUUUAAGGAGCAGAUCAUCCACCACGUGGCCACCAUCAUUCUCCUCAGCUUCUCCUGGUUUGCCAAUUAUGUCCGAGCAGGGACUCUCAUCAUGGCUCUGCAUGACUCUUCUGACUAUCUGCUGGAGUCUGCCAAGAUGUUUAACUACGCGGGAUGGAAAAACACGUGCAAUAACAUCUUCAUUGUCUUCGCCAUUGUUUUCAUCAUUACUCGACUGGUUAUCAUGCCUUUCUGGAUCCUACACUGCACGCUGAUAUACCCACUGGAGCUCUACCCCGCCUUCUUUGGCUAUUACUUCUUCAACUUCAUGAUGGCUGUGCUACAGAUGCUGCAAGUCUUCUGGGCCUACUUCAUUUUGCGCAUGGCCUACAAGUUCAUAACUGGAAAGGUGAUAGAAGAUGAACGAAGUGACCGAGAAGAAACGGAGAGCUCAGAGGGGGAGGAGGCUGCAGCUGGGGCAGGAGCAAAAAGCCAGCUCCUAGCUAAUGGCCACCCCAUCCUCAAUAACAAUCAUCCUAAGAAUGACUGAACCAUUGUCCUAGCUGCCUCCCACAUUAAUACACGAAGCCAAGAAACUAGCCAACCUUCCCUUUAUAGGGACAUGUGAGCACUGGGGAAAAGGACAUAAGGAAGAGUCUACAUUAACUCUCCUUACUUUUGUCACCCAGCUGCCUUUAAACCAAACUCUAACCAGCCUAUCCUCUGGUAGACAGAAGGUUGGUUAUAUCUUCUGCUAGAGAGGGGAUAGUCUUAUUUCCCUCUCCAAGCUACCCUUUCUCAGUUCUGAGUUGUAACUCAAGAGUUAUAACUCACAUUCCUCAUUCUUAAGAAUUCUGAGCUAGCUGUUUGCCUUUGACUCCCUGACUUCAAGCCAGGGUUGUGCCUUACUGUCCCAUCUCUGGGUCUCACUCUGCCAAAGCUGGACCAAGGUUCCACCUUUCUAAGCUCCCAGGCCAAAAAUGAAAGCUGAGCUGCUUUUAACUUUUUCUCCUCCUUAAAAAACAAGUGAAGGAGGGUAUACAGGCCCCUCACCCUACCCCAGGGACCAUGGUUCUAGGAUCUCACCGCCUCCUUUCUCUGGCCUUCCUUUCCCCUACCUUCAGCUAAGACAAGCUGGAGUGGAGUAGAACGGCAACUAGUUGUUAUUUAUUGAACAUUUGGGGUUUCAGUUAUAAAGCCAGAACUACAGCUAGGACCUGGCAUUUCGGCAAGGGACCAUUUCAGACCAAAAUGUACUGUUAAUGGUUUUUUUUUAAUUAAAGUAUAUUAAAGGUUAAGUAAAACAUGA